AGUCGGAUCGGAUUUAGUCUGCAAGUCUACUCUUACAGCAGUUCGCCAAUCGCCAUUGUAGACUACAGUUUCUGGUAAAAAAAGAACUUAGCGCUAGCUACGCUGUCGUCUUUUCAGUUCUGUUAAGUGAUUCAAAGGACCACAGAAGGAUGGCAGAUGCUAUAUCAAAUAACCUGGAGCUUUUAACGUGCCCGAUUUGUUUGGAUCUUCUGAAAGAUCCUGUGACACUUCACUGUGGGCACAGUUACUGUAUGGGCUGCAUUAAGGGCUGCUGGGACCAGGAAGAUCAUAAGGGAGUUUACAGCUGCCCCCAGUGCAGACAGACGUUCUCUCCAAGACCAGUUUUAAAGAAAAAUAAUAUUGUUGCUGAACUUGUGGCGCAGAUAAGGAAGACCAGAAACCAAAGGCCUAGUUCCUCUGUUGCUCGUCAUUUUGCUGGACCCGGGGAUGUGGAGUGUGAUGUUUGCACUGGGAGAAAACUCAAAGCUGUUAAGUCUUGUCUGGAGUGUCUGGUGUCUUACUGUGAAACUCAUUAUAGAGUUCACAAUGAUGUCAACCCAGGAAGAAAACACUCAGUGAUUGAAGCCACUAACCAGUUACAAGAGAGGAUCUGCUCUCAUCAUAAGAAAGUUUUGGAAAUAUUUUGUCGCGCUGACCAGAGCUGUAUUUGCUAUCUGUGCAUGAUGGACAAUCAUAAAGGCCAUGAGACAGUCACAGCUGCAGCAGAAAGAACUGAAAAACAGAAGCAGUGGAGAUGGACACAGAAGAGAUUCCAGCAGAGAAUCCAGGAGAAAGAGAAGGAGCUGCUGGAGGUGAGGAAGGCUGUGGAGACUCUCAAGAGUUCAGCACAGACAGCAGUGGAGGACAGUGAGAGGACCUUUACUGAGAUGAUCCGCACCAUUGAGAAAAGACGCACUGAGGUGAAAGAGCUGAUCAGAGGUCAGGAAAAGGCUGAGGUGAGUCGGGCUGAAGAACUCCUGAAGCAACUGGAGCAGGAGAUUGCUGAGAUGAAGAGGAGAGAUACUGAGAUGGAGAAACUUUCGCACACUGAGGAUCACAUCCAUUUCCUCAAGACUUUCCAGUCUACAGUCAGUAACCCAACACGAUCUGAAGACCUAUCCAGCGUCAUUAUCAAUCAAAGUUUCUCUUUUGAGGCUGUGAAGAAAUCAGUCUCCACAUUGAAGGGGCAGCUGGAGGAUAUCUGCAAGCAGGAAAUUAUGAAGAUCUCUGCAGCCGUGACUGAAGUCCAUUUGACUGAACCGGUGACCAGAGACGAUUUCUUAAAAUAUUCCUGCCACUUUAAGCUGGAUCCAAGCACAGCACACAGAAACCUCCAUCUGUCUGAGGGGAACAGGAGCGUGGAAUGGAGAGUUCAGCCCCAGUCAUAUCCAGAUCAUCCAGCUAGAUUUGAUCCGUGGUGGCAGGUGUUGUGUAGAGAGGGUGUGUCGGGACGCUGCUACUGGGAGGUUGAGUUGAUUAGAAAGUGGGGGGGUUGUGUAGCCGUGUCAUAUAAAAGCAUCGGCAGAAAAGGAAGGGAUAACGGAUGCAAAUUUGGACGCAAUGACCAGUCCUGGAGGCUGGAUCUAUUCAGCUGUAGCUCCUCUUUCUGGCACAAUAACAAAAAGACUGAACUCCCUCUAGUGCACCGCUCCAGAAUAGGAGUGUAUGUGGAUCACAGGGCAGGAACUCUGGCCUUCUACAACAUCUCUGACACAAUGACCCUCCUGCACAGAGUCCAGACCACGUUCACUCACAUACUCUACCCUGG